AUGGCUCGCAGCAUUCUUGUUCGCAUGCUUUCCUCUCUCCUCCUCCUCGCCUUUCUCGCCCCUCUCGCGUCGGCGCAAGCUCUCGCCAUUUACAAGGAAUCCGACAAGUAUAAGUACCAAGGAUGCUUCAAUGAGACGAACGACCUGCCCGAGACAGCCCGUGAGCGCGCCCUUUCGAACGGCGCCAGCAAGGUCUUCGACAUGAACGCCAACAUGACGGUGCCGAUAUGCCUCAGCUUCUGCAGCAAUGGGACGGAUAAGGAGUACAAGUACGCUGGUGUCGAAUAUUCUCGCGAGUGCUGGUGUUCACAGAAGCUCUCGAGUCUGGCGACGAAACUCGACGACUCGGCGUGUGACACUCCCUGUGACGGCAACAAGAACGUGGCGUGCGGAGGCGCCUUGAAGCUCAAUGUAUACAUGAUCGAGAGCGGAGGCGCUCGGGUUAUGGCCACGGCUUGGGUUCUACUGUUCGCCGGAGCAUCCGUGUUCUUCUCUCUAUGA